UUAGAAUAAUUAUUAAUAUUCAGAGUUUGCAAUGUAAUGGCCAGUCUCAUUCAAUUAACACAACUUUCUUCUUACAGACAAAUGGGAUGGGAAAACCUAACCAGCAUCUCUGAAUUUUUUCUCCUGGGACUCUCUGAUCAGCCAGAGGAGCAGCUGGUCCUCUUUGGGCUUUUUCUGUUCAUGUACUUGGUCACAAUAGCAGGUAACCUCCUCAUCAUACUGGCUAUCAUCACUGAUGUUCAACUUCACACCCCCAUGUACUUCUUUCUGGCCAACCUCUCACUUUCUGAUGCUUGCUUUGUGUCCACAACAGUUCCUAAAAUGCUGACAAACAUAUUGACCCAGAAUCAGGUCAUCUCAUAUGCAGGAUGUUUAUCACAACUAUAUUUUUUCAUGAUGUUUGUGAUGCUAGAGGCAUUUCUCUUGGCUGUCAUGGCCUAUGAUCGCUACGUGGCCAUAUGCCACCCACUCCAUUACGUCAUGGUGAUGAGCCCUAGACUCUGUCUCCUCCUAGCGUCUACAUGUUGGAUCAUGAAUGCCCUUCACUCCCUCCUACACACACUCCUGAUGAACAACCUAAACUUCUGUGCAGAUCAUGAGAUUCCACACUUCUUCUGUGACAUCAACCCCCUUCUGAGUCUGUCCUGCACAGAGCCCUUCAUUAAUGAGCUGGUGAUCUUCACUGUUGGGGGUCUUGCAGGCCUGGUUUGUGUGCUUGCCUUAAUUAUCUCUUAUACCUAUAUUUUCUCUACUAUCUUGAAGAUUCCAUCAGCUCAGGGAAAGCGAAAAGCCUUUUCCACCUGCAGCUCUCAUCUCUCUGUUGUCUCUCUAUUUUUUGGGACUUCCUUUUGUGUUUAUUUCAGUCCUCCAUCAUCUCGUUCAGCACGAAAGGGCUCAGUUGCUUCCGUAAUGUACACCGUGGUAACUCCAAUGCUGAAUCCCUUUAUCUAUAGUUUGAGAAAUAAAGAUAUUAAGUAUGCCUUGAGAAAACUGAUUUGGAUUAGAAAAAUUCAUUCCUCUUAA